CAGAGUGUUGCAAGACUCAGGCGCUGUUUGCUGUGGUUCUUGGUCUGCUGCAGAUACUGGUCUGAGAGUCCAGGAAAUUCCAGCAGACUCUGGGGCAGGGAUUUUGGCUUGCGUGUCUGCUAUUGGAAAAGCUGACAGUGUCGGAAGGGGGGAUUGAAAUUGCCUGGAGUCAGUCGGAAAAAGAAAGAAAGAGAGCGAGAUAUAGAGAAAAUAGGCCUCAUGCCAUUUUUAAAGGGUGUCUCUUUUUACUUUUAUCUGCCUGUCACACCCUGAGUGCAUUAGAUUGAACUUCAGGUUGAGAGCCAUGGUCAGGAUGAUGACCCAGGAACAGUGCCCUCAAAGAAACAAUGUCCAGAGUACUGAAAAACCACAAGUGUAUAAAGUGGGGAUCUAUGGUUGGCGGAAACGUUGCCUUUACUUCUUUGUCCUACUCCUCAUGAUCCUCAUAGUGGUCAACCUUGCUCUCACCAUCUGGAUCCUCAAAGUUAUGAACUUCACUAUAGACGGCAUGGGUCACCUGCGUAUCACAGAAAGAGGCCUGAAACUGGAGGGUGAUUCAGAAUUCCUUCAGCCACUGUAUGCCAAAGAAAUCCAGUCCAGACCAGGAAGUCCAUUGUUCCUGCAGUCAUCUAAGAAUGUGUCUGUCAACAUCCUCAAUGAGAAAAAGCAAUUAGUAUCUCAACUCAUUGCAGGUUCCCAUGGAGUUCAUGCAAGAGGCAAAAUGCUGGAGGUAAAAUCAAGUGCAGGAAAGCUGCUCUUCUCUGCUGACGACCAUGAGGUGGUAGUUGGUGCAGAGAGAUUACGAGUUAUGGGAGCUGAGGGUGCAGUGUUCAGCAACUCGGUAGAGACCCCACAUGUGAGAGCUGAGCCCUUCAAAGAGUUACGGCUGGAGUCUCCUACACGUUCGCUAUACAUGGAGGCGCCUAAAGGAGUAAAAAUAGAAGCUGACGCAGGUGAUUUCCAAGCAACUUGUAGGAGCGAUUUACGCCUGGAGUCGAAAGACGGAGAGAUCAGCUUGGAUGCCAGGAAAAUCAAGCUCCUACGUCUGCCGGAGGGAAAAGCCUCCCCCUCUGGAACUAGACAGACUGUCUUUGAGAUCUCAAGUGCCCCUAUGAAACACUGAAUCUUGUCUCCUAUGUAAUUACAUCUUACACUCCAAUUGGUAAUAUUUCUCUGAAAUAUGAAGGUGGGGAAAAAAUAAAUCUAAUUCUCACUGUAAUUCAUUGCCACUUGACCACUAAAUUUGAAGCAAUGAGGAGUGACAUCUGUGAUCAUUGUUUGAAAGUUGAAGCCCCUAGCAACCGUUGACAUCCUAUUAACAUACUAAAUGCUAUAGGUAGUGAAAGGAGACAGGAACACUGGGAACUCUGUAGGGAACAACACAGCAUCACAGAAGGGCUUAAUCAUAUUCAUUAUCUUUUUAAUUUUCAAUAGAAUUUGAAGUUUGGUGUGUGUGUGUGUGUGUGUGUGUGUGUGUUUGCUAUUGCAAUGAACUCGUGCAUGAUACUAAAAGACAGACAUACAAGACAAGCCCAGUUUUUUUAGGUAGUAGAAAAAGCAUAUGUUUGAGUUUUCCCCUUUACUGAAUGACUCAACUAAAAGCAGGACUUUAGGACUGAUACUUAUGUUGUUUGAUGAAUUUUUGUGCUAAAUAAAGGUUUUAUCUACAGUCAUUUAUGUGUUCAGGAAAAAACAAUAAUAAUAAUAAUAAAAAAAAUUAUAUAUAUACACCGUGUAUAGCAUUUAGUUUCCUCUCUUCUCCCAAAUGUUGCUUAACACAGACAUUACUUCUGAACAAUGUGUAUGUACGAUUUUGUAUGAGGAGCACAAAAUGUUUCAUAUAUUUUUUGAUAAUAAAACUACACCUCAGCGUAACCUAGCUUUCAGUGUGUGACAGCUAUACUGGGCAAGUCUCCAACAUGUAUACAUACGUGUAAAUAAAAUCUGAUAUUGGAUUGCAUAAACAGCUAACACUACAGAACUAAAUGCCUAGGGUUUAGUGUAUAUAAUAAAUGAGCCCCAGCCUAAACCCAAGGCAUUUAGUUCUGUAAUAUUAUAAGCCCCAGCCUAAACCCAAGGUAUUUAGUUCUGUAAGGUUUAAUUAAAAAAAAAAAUCUUUUUUGUCUAAAUUGUGUGCAGCAUUUUAUCCUGUUUUUGUUUUUUUUCAGGCUUUUGGUGACCACUUUGCAGAAAUUCAGUGACAUUAAACUUUUGUUUAACAUUUUGUGAUGACUGGAAACUCA